CAGGACAUACCCAUAUAAAUACACAAUGGCCACUCCAUAUGCUCCAGGAGCAGCUGAAGAAGACUCACUCCUAGCGGCUAUUCCCAAGAAGGUAUUACCACCUUGGGACCCUCUAACCUCUCUUGACUGGGACAAAGAGAAACACAGCUCUGUGGCUUUGGUCAGAAUUCAGAGAGAUCUACAGAACAUCUUUAAAGAUCCUUCUCCCGGCAUCUGUGUGCUUCCUGAUGGUGACGAUUUAACAAGACUCCAUGUACUGAUAACGGGACCAUUUGACACUCCAUAUGAGGGAGGCUUCUUCCACUACUACCUCCGAUACCCCCCUACCUAUCCCCUGACAUCUCCUCGAGUUAAAUUCAUGACCACUGGGUGUGGAACUGUUCGAUUCAACCCUAACCUCUAUAGGAAUGGCAAAGUCUGUCUCAGUAUUUUAGGCACAUGGCAUGGUCCACCCUGGAGCCCCACACAGUCACUGCAGAGUGUGCUUCUCUCAAUACAAACAUUGAUGAAUGAGAAACCAUACCACAACGAGCCAGGAUUUGAGCGAGAGCACAAUCCAGGGGAAGUGGAGCAUUACAAUGACAUAAUUCGGCAUGAGACACUGAGAGUUGCUGUUUGUGAUGCCUUGGAGAAUAACAAGUGUCCACCUGACCUCUUCGAGUUAAAGAAGUCUACAUUUGUUAGUUUGUACGAGUGCUACAUGGCCACAGCCACAGAAACAGCCUCCAGGCUCGAUGGACAACCUAUGAUGGAUCCAUUUAGAAUCAACAAAGGGACAUUCAAUUUCAAAAAAAUAAUCUCAAGACUUGAAAAAUUAUUCGCCAAGUAUAGUUAGUUUCAUUUUAUUCGUGACGUCAUUCAGUUUACUUUGUACAUAUUAACAGCAAAUACAUGUUCAUGUGUGAUAUUUUAUGCAAUAAAAACAUCA